AUGAAGAUCUCUGCCCUUGCCCUCGGAAGCGCUUUUGCUACCGCCAAUGCUGCGGCUGUUGGCGACCGCUCGCAGUUCGCUGAGCGCGCUACCUAUGCUGUCGUUGGCAAGGCGGAAGGCUUCGCAGCUAGCACCACUGGAGGUGGAAGUGCUGCCUGCGCAAUCCCAGCCAGCGUUACAGAGUUGAAGACUUGGCUCACUGAUAGCACUGCUCGUUGCAUUGUGCUCGACAAGGAGUACAACUUCAAGGGCACCGAAGGUACCACUACUGAAACCGGCUGCCGGCCAGCGUCCAACACGUGCCCGGGCAAUGGUGGCCAAGACGCCAUCAACAAGGCCUCGUGGUGCACAAACGGCAACGCAGGUACUGGUGCCACGUCCAUCAGCGUCACCUACGACACUGCCGGUGUUGCUGGUAUCAACGUUGCCUCCAACAAGUCUUUGAUCGGUGUUGGAUCCAAGGGUGUCAUCCGUGGAAAGGGUCUGCGUAUGGCCAACGGCGCCAAGAACGUCAUCAUCCAAAACAUCCACAUCACUGAGCUCAACCCCCAGUACAUCUGGGGUGGAGACGCCAUUACCGUGGAUGGCUCUGAUCUCAUCUGGGUUGAUCACGUCAAGGUCUCCCUCAUCGGUCGCCAGAUGUUUGUUGCCGGCACUGGUGCCUCGAACCGCGUGACCAUCUCCAACACCGAGUUCGACGGCGCGACCAGCUGGUCCGCCACUUGCGACGGCCACCACUACUGGGCCAUCUACCUGACAGGCUCCAGCGACCUCAUCACUAUGAAGAACAACUACAUCCACCACACAUCUGGCCGCAGCCCCAAGAUCGGCGGAAACUCGCUUGUCCACGCUGUCAACAACUACUGGUACGCCAACUCUGGCCAUGCCUUCGACAUCGCUUCUGGUGGCCAGGUUGUCGCUGAGGGCAACGUCUUCCAGAACGUCGUCACUCCUCUUCUCGGCAACAGUGGAAAGCUCUUCGGUGCCCCCACUACCAGUGCCAACACUGCGUGCAGCACUUACCUUGGCCACACCUGCCAGUUGAACGCUUUCGGUAGCUCUGGUACUCUUGGCGGAACUGACACUAGCUUCUUCAGCAACUUCAGCGGCAAGACUGUUGCUACUGCUUCAGCGGCGAGCACAGCUCCUGCUACAAGUGCUGGUGUUGGUAAGAUCUAA